UUGGGGAUAAAACUCCCAGGCAAGGCCGGUGGGAAGACCAAGACUAAGAGCACAUCCUCUGCUCCUAGCAAGGGCCCUCCAGGUGAAGAGCAUGGAUUCAAUGGCGGUGAUCCAUUUACUGAGUCUGUGGAUGCGUCCGGCGCAAAUGUCAAUGAAAUGUUUGAGAAAUUAUUGGACGAUAUGAACUUAACUGAAGAAAAGAAGGCCCCACUUAGAGCCAAGGAUACCGGUUUCAAGCGCCAGAUGCUGACCAUGCAGGCCAGGGGUUCAAGCAAGGCACGAGGUGGAGAGCUUGACACCCCACAAGCCUUUGUUCAAGAACUCAUGAACCCGGACCUCAAAGGCCAGAAAAGGACUCAGGUACUGGAGACUCUUCGAGUGUCACUGACCAGCAAACCAGUCAGCUGGGUCAUGGAAUUUGGCGAGAAAGGAUUAAAUGCCAUAUUGAAGAACUUGACCUACUGCUGUGACAACAUCCAUGAAAGAAGAAGCACAUAUGAAUGUAUCAGAUGUCUAAAGGCGUUUAUGAACAACACAUUCGGGCUGAAGCGAAUCUUGGAGCAUGAAGAGGCCUUGACCAUCAUGUCUAGAACAGUGGACCCGGCUGACCCCCCAACAAUGCUUGAAGCUGUCCGGUUGUUAGCUGCCAUUUGUUUAGUCCCGCCGAAGGGCCAUGAAAAAGCCUUGGAAGGAAUUACUGUAUGUGGAGAGAUACGUGGCCAGGAACGGUUUUUGCCUAUCAUCAGUGGUUUGGGCAUGAGAGAUAAUCCAGCAAUGCAGGUAGCAUGUAUUCAGUUGGUGAAUGCCAUUGUCAGCACACCAGAUGAUUUAGAUUUCCGGAUGCACCUUAGAAAUGAGUUUAUGCGAACAGGACUCAUUGAUCUAAUUGGGUGGCUAGACAACCAAGAAGACGACGAACUGAAAACUCACGUGCAUAUCUUCCAUGAACACAAAGAUGAGGACAUGGAGGAGUUCUCUCAUCGAUACGACAACAUUCGCAUGGAAAUGGAAUAUCCUUUCUUUUGGGAUAGGCUUAGCAUUUCCACUAACCCGAAAGCCUGUUUCGAAGUGAUCCUCAGCACAGUCAGCAACACAGUGGCCGAACCUUACUUCCUGUCCAUACUUCAGCACCUCUUGUCUAUCAGGGACGACAUGUAUGCCAGACCUCAGUACUACAAGUUGAUAGAAGAGUGCAUUACCCAAAUUGUCCUUCACCGGAGUGGCUGCGAUCCAGAUUUCAGGGCUACAAAAUUUGACAUUGACGUUGAGCCUCUGCUAAGCAGCCUGACUGGAAGCUCUAAGUUUGAAGAUUCAGGAGCUGAUCUGAGCAUAGCUGACAUCUCAGUCAAAUUAGACACUGCCCUGACUGCCAAACAGGAGGCUGAAGCUAAAGCAACAAGCCUAGAGAGCAAACUGCAGCAGUAUGAGGCUGAACUGCAACAGCUUAAAGAAGGG